UUCUUUGGUUUAAACUUGAAAUUUUUCGAAUUCGCUUCACUAGGACUGGGAUCUAGGUCGAUACUCACGAAUCCGAGCGAAUUCAAGAAGAAAAAUUUCUAUCAUCAGGCUUCCGGUUUCGCAAAGCGUUAAGAACAAAGAGAAUCUCGCGUCGAUUCCCGAAAGGAGAGUUUAGAAAGGAAAGGCGCGAGGAAAUGGAAGUCAUUAGGACAUCAGCCCUGAAGUUGGUCUGCCCACGCGGCGGGUCUACGUGCCUGCUAAAAAUAUCAAAACGCACCGUGAUCGAGUAUCGAGACCGAGACAGCGAUUUCCUAUGCGCACGUGUUUCCCUUCCAUAGAUUGCUCUUCUGAAACUCCAAUUACGAAAUGAAAAGUGAUCAUGAUCUCGAGGUUCGAAUUCAAUAUUCCUGUGAAAUUUGCGGCAAAGGAAGAUUGCCAGCGUCGAAGGAAAGCGACGAAAUUCGGGUCGAUUCGAUUAGGUAUAACGCGUGCAAGAGGAACGAAGUCGGGUCUCGUCUGGUCGUGGAGGCGAACGUGGUCGCAGGGACAACGAUCGGCGGGAGAGACGCAGACCGAAAAUAAACUCACCGCAUUUCGUCCGUCUGUCCGUCCGUCCUUCUAUCUUCCUUCUUGCUUCGAACCAUACGAGAAUAAGGCAAAAUGGUGGUCGGCGAGGCGAGCAUACACAACAUUAUGGGAGGUAUGGAGAGCACCGGAGGUGUGCGACUUCACAAUCACAAACGGAAGUUGAAGCAGAGGUUCGACAUCAUCAAGAAGCUCGGUCAAGGUACAUACGGUAAAGUCCAGUUAGGGAUCAACAAGGAGACCGGCCAGGAGGUGGCGAUCAAAACGAUCAAGAAAUGUAAAAUAGAGACGGAGGCGGAUUUGAUCAGGAUACGAAGAGAGAUUCAGAUAAUGUCGAGCGUCCAACAUCCGAACAUCAUUCAUAUAUACGAAGUGUUCGAAAACAGGGAGAAAAUGGUACUGGUGAUGGAGUACGCGGCCGGUGGCGAGCUGUACGAUUACCUGAGCGAACGGAAAAAAUUGACCGAGCAAGAGGCUCGCAGGAUAUUCCGUCAGAUAGCCACCGCCGUAUUCUACUGUCACAAGCAUAAAAUCUGUCACAGAGACCUGAAGCUCGAAAACAUUCUGCUGGACCAAGUUGGGAACGCGAAGAUAGCCGACUUCGGUCUGUCGAACGUGUUCGACGAGCAGAGGCUGUUGAACACGUUCUGCGGCAGCCCUUUGUACGCCAGCCCGGAGAUCGUCAAGGGUACACCUUACCACGGUCCCGAGGUCGACUGCUGGAGUUUGGGUGUGCUCCUUUACACCUUGGUAUACGGUGCCAUGCCCUUCGACGGGUCCAACUUUAAACGACUAGUCAAACAGAUCUCACAGUCCGAUUAUUACGAACCUAAAAAACCCUCUCCCGCUUCUCCCCUCAUCAAAGACAUGCUGACCGUUCGCCGGUGCAAGCGAGCCGACAUCGAAAAGAUUUGCACUCAUUGGUGGGUAAACGAAGGGUACGAGCAGAAUUGUCUGGACAUCGCUGAGGAACUAGCGGCCCAAACACCCGUGCGACUUGACCUGCUCCUCUCUUUGGUACCGCAAUCCGCUAGCGCGGAGAAGCUGGUCGUGGGCGAUCAGCAAACAGCCGGGGAUGUCCCGAAUGAUAUGUCUUCCGAAAAUCUAGUACCUACCAGAUGUCACUCUGUCGGUAGCUUAAUGGAACUGGAUCAGAAUAAUUCCGACAGGAGGAUCAGGGAAUUGCUGGAGGAAGAGCCGAGGACAGCGCCGAUCACCGGCGAAGCGAAGAGGAAACUGGAGACGACGCCGUCGAUGGACGAGACCGCUGCCGCCGGUGCCAAGCGGAAGGAACGGUCCAGAAAGAAGGAGAAACCGGAAGAGAGGGAACCGAGAACGUACAAGUCCGCGUCAAGGCAUCACUCAGCGCCGAUUCCAAACGCCAUCACAGAGGAAGCCAUGGAGGUGGACCCUACCGUGACCGUUCCUAUCAACCCGAGCGUCGAUCUGGACACAGUGGAAUCCUCGGCAGCUUGUCUGGAGUUGAUAAAAGAGUGCAACGAAAGGUUUCCUAGCAAAGAGCGCAGCGAAACGCCGGUCGAUGCUCGAAACGAAGCUGAGAAGAAAUCUUCCAAGCCCGAUGAGGCACAGAUGGUCGAUGAAGCGGCAAACGCGACACCCGCUCAACCUACGACACCUGUGUCCGAAUCGGUCACGGUAUCGGACCGGAAUGACGCGUCCGCCAGUAACGACGCGAUCAAUUUAGAAGCGACGCAGAGAGAAUUCAAGAAAUUGAAAGAGAAGGCACUGUCCCUUGACUCGGAAUUGUCCAGCGAAACUAGCGACGUCCCCGGGAAGACGUUCGAGAGGAGACGCUCGAAGAUAUUCGAAACCGCGGAGAAAUUCAAUCAAAUGGCGUCGAACGUGGACAACGAGAAACCGAAGAAGAUCUUCAUACCCGGGGUGAAUGUAGGAGGAGCGAAAAGGGUGUUCGAGAGGAAAGCUAGUCUAUCCUCAGCGAGUACACCUCCGCCAACGAAGCCCAGCGCUUCUAAAAUAAUCAUCGACGUACCUACGGAUGCGAAGAAGAAUGAAAAGGUGAAACAAGAGCCUGAAGGACAGGCAGAGGAGGAGAAAAAGAAUGAAGAUGCUAAGAAGCGAGCUGUGGAUAUAAUAACCGGUGCGAUUGGAAAGCCACCUGUGCAGAAGAGAGCGAACGGUUCUCCGCCGACUUCGCCGCCGAGUCAAGAACCCAAAAAAUUGCCAUUAAAGAUACCAGUUGGUACGAACGAUCUGCGCUCGGCUACCGUAUCCGUUUCCACCCCUGUCGAGACCAAAUUCCCCUUCGAAGAUAAAGAAUCGGACAGGAACAAACGCGCGACGAUCUCUACGUCCGUCUCCGGAUCCGCGAACGCCGAAUCAUCCAACGUUGACGAUUCCCAGGACGAGCCGAAGAUGUCCAGCAAAAUGGAGAUCACCCUGAAGAGCGCGACUUUACCCAGACCGCGGAAGACCACUAAGGCAGAGAUUUCUCUGUCGAGUACUAAACCACAGGAAAUUCCCGUGGCGUUCAAAUCGGAAGUGGAAGCAAAGAUCGACGCGUUCCAGCCACAAAAACUACGGACCCAGAGAUCGGAGGUCGCGUUCCCGGUUGCGGCUGCGGUGCCGCAAGCGAAUCGAAGCUCCAGCUUGGAACCAGAGGGCAGACCAAGGAGCACUGCACCCAAAGAGAGAAUAAUACCGAUUCAGGUAGAGACGGGUAACCAACAGACGGAACAUUCUUCCACACCACCGCCGUCGAAGCUGCCACCCAUGCCGCAGAGGUCGAUUUCUCAACGAUCGGGCUCGUUGUCUCGACAGUCGACCGCUGAUUCGGACACGGAUAGCGCUCUCGGUUCGACGGUUGGUCCGGAACCGAUUAGAAAGAGUCCUCGGGAGUACAUAAUACCGAUUGCCGUGGAAGGCGGAGGAUACGUGACUCCUAGGUCGGGCAGCGUAGAACCCGAGAGCAAGACUAGCACCCCGACCAGUACGAACGCUCCUCGAUCCAGGUUUGGUAGACCACGAAGAAUGAGUUCUCUUCUAUCCGACGCCAGCGAAGACGAAUCUCCCUUCUCUACGUUGCACAGGGACAGUGAAGACCUACUGCAGCGACACAUGCAUAGACUGAGAAGUUCACGUCCAUCGAGGCAGCCACCGGAACACGCUGACAGUCUGUCUUCCGGCGAAGACGACGACGACGACGGUUUUGAACUAUUAACCGCUGAGAAUCUAUUCUCCACGCUACUCUCUCGAGUACGAAGUUUGACGCAGAGGCUAAACGUAGACGAUAAUCGUACCACCGGUUUCCCGAGAUCUCGACUGUUCGAUAGACUAGGAUCGAACCCGUCGCAAGCUUUCUGGGGUCUCAAUAAACCGUUAUCGAGCUACCAGACAUAUGUCGAAACGAGGACCGUCACUACGCGAUUGUCGGAGUCACAGUUCAGGCAUUCUCUGAGCCGCGAGGGAGACGUCUUCUCGAGGAAGGACCCCGUGAACUCGUCGAAUCCGGCAACUCCGAAAACUCCGAACAGUCCAGGAUCGCACGGGACUCCGUCGAGAGAAACCGUGUUCGAUUCCGGCAACGUCACCUUACCAAGAGAUAAAGUAGAACGGCAAGACGUAGAAGCGGAGCCAGCGCGAGUCAGGAAAGAGACGCAGGAAUCUUUAGAGCAAAGCUUUACGCCGAGCUUGGCGAGGCGACUGAGCAGAACAUUGAUCGAACAGGAUACCGGAACCGGAUCACGAUCCCCGUACGAGACGCGAUGCGGAUCUCCAACCGGAGAGACGAGCAGUUUGCUGGACGCGUCCGAAGCCGCGGAUCGUUCCGUGUCAACCGUGUCGGAUCAGACGGAAUACAGGCAAGGAGCGGGGAGCAGAAGCGGCGUCAGAAGAGCGAACAGUUUAUUGGAAAGAUCGAUCGAGAGAUUGGGAUCCAGACGCGAGUCGCCCAGACGAAGCGUCAGCCUGUUCGAAGGGAACGGGGAUCGCGAGUACGGUUCCGAGGACAGAUACGCCGAGGGUGACGACUUCGCCGGCUUCUCGAAACGGACGGCCACCGGUCUGGACAAAUGGUACAAGGACGCCGCUGGUAAAAGAAACGCGAACAAACUUCGAAGGGAGAGCUUCCGUUCGUACCGUACGGACAAGAUCCAGGAGGAAACCGGGGACGGAGAUAAAUUGGAGUGCAACGCGGACAACGGUUCUAUCUCCGAGUGUACCUCAGCCUCGGUUUGCGACUCGAACACGAACCUCCUCGACGCGACCACUUCCAGCGUGUCGGCCAAGUCCUACGAGAGCUCCUCCACAGAGUCGAAUCCCUCCUCGAAUUUGCUCGACUACAAAUCUUCCGCCGCCUACAAGUCCGCCGAGCUUUCCAGGAACUUCGAGAACAGACUACUAGCGGCGGAGAACCUGAUCAAAGAGUCCAAGCUGAAGAACCUCGUGCCAACGGGAGAGGCGAGUAAAUUUGAUCGAAACUUGAGCUCCAGCUACAGAGACACAGACAAAUGCGAGAAGCGAUCGUUGAUCUCGAUAGGGGAGACGCUCCCUGCGACUAUUUCUAAACGACGAAGCUGUAUCCCCAGUUUGAGAUUGCGGUCCGGCUCGUUGACCAGGGAACCAUCGAGUUCCGUGGUCGAUCGAAGAAAGUCUUUCGCGGACUCGUUGGGCGUGGGGCUCGCCGCCCGCUCCGUCAGCCCGGAGAAGUCGCUGCUGAGUAAAUUGUUCAAAGGCAGUGGAAAUCGAGAGAACGAGGCGAAGGAAAAAGAGAAAGAAAAGGAGAAGACGCAGAAGUGUAAGCAACGAAGGAUAUCGCGUUUCCUUCGGCCAGACUUCUUCGAUACGCCUAGGGAAGAGAGCCAGUACGCGAAGGAGAAGGAGGCGCAGAAAGCGGCGGAAAACGAGCGCCGCAAGUCUCGGUUCAUGAGACGGAAAACGGAGAACGGCGCUGUGGUGGCACGGGAAAGCAGCGUCGAGCAGGAAAAGCAGCGCGAAAAGGAGCUGAAGAACGAGAUCAAUUCGUUGAAGAGGGACUCGCGGCUCUCGCGAGACGCGGAGGAGUCUUUCGAGGUGAAGAAGAACGGAGACGCGACGGAGGAGAGCUCAAAGAAUGGAUUCCUGCAUUCGUUGGAGAAGAAACUGGAGAAACUGCGGUCGAACGAGCAGUCGGAGCAGUCGGAGCAAUCGGAGGAGAAGAAGAUGGCGGGGUCAAACGCGACGAUGAACGGAAGAGUGGCGAACGAUAAUGCGCGAGAGCAUUCUGCCCCGCCCGCCGAAUCUUCGUCCAAGGAGCGUUCCUCCGCCAAGAGGGCCGUCAGCGUGGAGGAUCUCUCCUCGAAGAAGAAGACUGGCCAGAACUCGUCGAGAAGCAGGGUCUCGUCCGUUCUCGGUUUGUUCAAAAGCGGAGACGCGAAACAACCGGCGCGAUCGCAGAACGCUAUUCUAAGUAAACUGAAGAGAAGUCCGCCUAAAGCGACCAAAGCUGACGCGAGUCUGGCCGAGGAUACCGUUUCCACUACGAGCACCAGCACCAGUGCGAGCAGAAUACCGACUAAACUCGCGAAAUGCGACUCCAAGGCGACGAAAAAGAUUGCUGAUACUAAGAAAACCGAUAGAGGGGAAAAGAUGGUGAGUUCGGAUAAGAAAUCCCCGACGAAGGAGGCACCCAGGGCGAUAAGCGCGAAGGAGAAGAGAGCAUCCAGCGAGAAGGAGUCGAAGGAGAAGAUGGUAGAUCGAGAAGUGGAAGAGAAGGACUCAACAGCGGGAGAAACUGUGGAGAAACGAUCCCUUAUGACGAAAGCGAAGAAAACGACGCGGACCUCGGUGGAGAGUGGCUCCGCCGUCGAUGCAGAUAAGAAGGUGAAGAGAUUGGUGAAGAAGCCCGGAGAAAACUCGGAAGGUGAUUCCGAAGGAACGAAGAAGAAGAAGAUUGUUCGGGUGGCGAAGAAGAUCGUAAAGAAAUCAUCCGACACCAGUGAAGAUAAAACGAUGACAGAGGAAAAGGAGAAAUCCGGCAAGAUUCGAGCGAAGAAGAAGACUGUCACGCGGUCGGAAGUGAAUUCUGGAGAAUCGAACGGAUCUGAUUCUGUGGCAAGCAACGGGAAAGCCAAGGAGAACGGGAUAGAGACUCUAGAUCGAAAUGAAACGGCGGAAGAAACUAGGAACGAGCAACAGAAGAGUCAGGAAUCGCAACGGCCGAACCGAAGCAACCUGAAGCUGGACCUGUCGAAGAUCCCUCAACACUCCUUCAGGAACAGCACCCCCAAGAAGGACUCGCCGAAAUCUGAAUCGCCAAAGGUAUCCCCAAAAUCUACCGGUAACGACCCAGUUCCCGACAAGCUGAUGGAGUGUCUGUCGAAAGUGACGCACCGCGCCAGCAUCACCGGCAACAAAAUCGUCAUCGACAAACCCUUGCGCGCUAAAGAUGUGGCCGAACUGAAGCGAGAGGUGACCGAAUGCGCCAAGAUCAUCGAGAGUCACGCGCAGUCGGAGCCGGUAUCGCAGCCAGUAGACCGGGAAAUCGUCACGGAAGAAGUGGAAUCGAAGCGAACCGCGCCAGAGGCUAUUACCCCUGCGGUCCCGAUAAACGAUUCCAUGGAAAAAGCCCAAACUCCUAAAGAAUCUAUUACACCGAUCGAUUAUAUGAACGAGUUGUUCUCUCCCGUGGACGAGCCAGAGAGUUUCGACUCCUGGUCCAUCAGUUCGACCGAACUGAACCAUGCGAGGCCGGAUUUACACUCACCCACUUCACCCUCGCGUUUCCUCUACGCCAAGAGCGAUAAUCCGGACUCGGUAAUCGAGCGCAUACGCAGAAGGAGUUUCUACUCGCGAUUUAACGACAAACGGAGGCCGUCGUUAACAGCGCCACCCCCAGGACUGAGCCUACCUACGAGCGCAACGUUACCGAGGAAAUUCAGCUUCAGCGGACAUCGGGAGCAUCGGGAUCGCGGUAGCAAAUACGCUGGGACCGGAUUGGGAUUGAUGUCCAAUAGCAGGCACACCGGAGACAGAAGCUACAGUCUGUACGGUGACGAAGGUGUCGCGUUAGGACGCAACCGAUCUCUAGAUAGAUCUAGGUACUCUGACACCAGUCCGUACGUUAGUGACUUAAAGUCACCGACGGAACAUCUGCCAACGUUGUCAUCCUCUUACGAUCCGCUUAGGAGGUACUUAAGGUCACCUACCUUUGAUUUAUCCGCGUCCAGGUCGAGAUACCACAGCGCCGACUUCGCGGAUCCUGAUCUACCAGCUUACAGGACUCCUCCUCAUCUGUCCAGUUUGCUGCUCAACGACCAUGCCAUCGACACCCACGCCACUUCCUCUUCCUCCUCCUCUCUAGGCUCCUCCACUUUGCCCAGGAAGUACGGAAGCACCCACGCCGAGCCGAAGACCAUUCAGUACUACGAGGAACUACUGGCUCCUAGCAGCGUAGACUAUCUGACAUCCGCUAGGAGAUCACCGUUGUCCAGCGAAUAUCUGAACAGAUGCGAAAACGGAUAUUACAAUGGGAACCUGGAGGCGCAAUCGACGGACGCGAAACGGAAACCGAUGAUGGAAUUUACCGAUCAAUCGACGGAACAGAUUAGAAGCAAAACCGAAAGGGCGCGUUCACCUUCGACGACCACGGAAGCGGGGACCGUACCCACCGACGAUCACAGUUAAUUACAUUUUGGAAAAAUUAAAUCAAAGAUAAUAUGGACAUAUAGUUAAGAAUAUA